UUUAUUAAUGCCUAAAUCUAACAAAAGUAAGAAGAUAAAGGGGGAUAAGACAGCAUAUGCUAAGGGACCAAGGAACUUUUAUCAGAGAACUGAUGUAACCCUCCCUAGUAAUUACAUCUGGGACGACUUUUUGGUUGGACUGGUCAGCAAGAGUAGUAAGAAAACACUUGUGUAUGGAGAAUUAGUAGCGAACACUAUAGAAUUCUCGUAUAUUAUUGGGAAUAUCAUCUUCUUAUUUUGAAUGUUUUAUUAUCUCAAGAAAGACAUGAUAUGUGAUAGCACAAUAAUCUAUUGGAUAUCUCUGUUCAUUCCGUUGACGUACCUUGCUUAUAACAAGAUUAUCCAUUUAAGCUUCUUGAAGAAAGGUCUUCUAAGUGACUUAAAGACCAGCUUUUGAAUUGGAGUAUUGAUAUGGUGCUUCAGUAGAAUCCUUUCAAUGUUCACUAAAUCUUUGUCCUUUAGCAGCAUAAAGCUUCUCUGUUGAAUCUUAAUAUUACUCCACGUGGUGACACAUGAUUACACAAUGGCAAGCUCAGGUAAAAGCUCUUACAGUAAAAGUGGUAGAUUCUUUAUUUCAUUAAACUGAAUAUUUUUGACAACAGUAUUGCUAGCCUCAAGGUUUAAGAAUCCUUCACAUUCUUUUGCAUUUUUGUUAUUCGUAUCUGUGCUUUUUGGAUAUACUCCUCAUAUACGCCCGAAGAGCAAGGUUAUCGCUUUAACUUAUUUUAUGUUCAAUUGAUAUUUGCUGUGGUUUAUUAGUACAUUUUGGUUAUCAUUCUAUGUCUCCUUGCUGGUCUUCGUCUGCCUGAUAUGACCAGGUGUCCUGAUUUAUAUGUACAGGUUUAAGAAUGAUGCAAGAGGACCUUGGGACGAGAAAGAAAUUGUACUUUAAUUUAUUCAAUUUUACCAGGA